GCACAGCUUCACAGGCUUCAUACUGUACCUCCCGCACGGGGAAACUACAAACCUGGGAUAUCUACUCAACUUCGGUUCGGAGUCUAUCACUCAGAUUGAACAGCGUCGAACAAUGUCGAAUUGAAAUCUUCGAGUAUAUGUCUGUCAGAACUUACCUUGGUUGGAGACAGGAAGGACAUUUGACCAAAUGUUGAUGAAGGACUGAGUAUCUGACGUUUAAGGAGGUUCAAUUGUGUCCGUUAACGUUGGCAGUUUGAUGAACGGUAUUACCGCCAGGUCUCACGUAAAUCGGACGACUGAACCCUCAUUUUUUUCGGACGAGGGCCAAAAAGGUUUGAAACGUUGAUUACCGAUCCCCGUGUUAAAAACCGUCAUUUCUUUCCCGUUCUCUUCCUCCCGUUCUUCACGACGUUAAACGACCCGGUGAACAGCACGACGCAAAUGGUUCAGCACAAUUCCUUUCCUUCACUUCCUCCAGAGGUCACGGAUUGCAUCAUCGACCACUGUCAUUCCGACGCAGAAGUCCUUUCGACGUGCGGGAUGGUAUGCAAAUCAUGGUAUCCUGCAAGCAGGUACCAUCUCUUCGCUGCGGUCGAAGUCUCGAGGGACCAAGGGAAAGAUUUUCAUGAGGUCCUCAGCAUGCCCGCCGUCUCAGCCGUAACGGUAGUGCCAUACCUUCAGGAACUCUCCCUCCACUUGCGAGUCGGAGAUACAGAGAGUUGGCUAUCGAGUCUGGUAUCUGCACUGCCCGAGUAUGUCCCACUCCGUACUCUCAGGAUCUUCUGUCACGGCGUCGAGCUCUCGAAUGAACUCAGACACAAAUUUACCACAACCUUUCGGUCCAUCACAUCGCUCUCACUAUUCGAAUCCACUCUUUUACGUCGGUCACUAGCCAGCGAUGUGAAGUUUAUUUGCUCUUUUCAAGACUUGACGACCAUCCUGUUCUACGGGCAUCAUCGCAAUGAAAUGGAUAUUAGUAGCAAUGUGGAGCUUCCCGCUCAUGUUCAUACACUCAAGUUGGACCUUCCUAGUCCUGCAAAUGAAGCGUUCAUACGUUGGUUGCUUUCGCACCGUCGGAUUCCUACCGUUUCUACACUGCGCAUCUUCAGAAUCACGGACGAUAGUAACCCUGCGUUGCAAUCGUAUUUACGAGCUUGCAAGGGUGAACUGACGGACCUGAUGCUGUUUCUCUAUCAAUGUAGGACAGAUCCGGCGGAAUUCGACCUUUGCCAACACACAACAUUGAAGAACAUAUAUUUGAAUCUCAAUGGUACUUCAACUACCCGCACCGCGCACGAAAUAUUAUCUACCAUUCAAUUGAGCGACCUCGAGAACAUUAUUCUGCGUAUCAGCUCAUACGAACUCGCUGAGGUGGAGAACUGGGUUCAGUUGGACGAGCUUUGGACGUCUAAAACCUUCUCAAAGUCAAUGAAGGUGACGAUUGCUAUAGACGAACACGGACUUUAUGAAAAUAGGAUGAAGGAAAGACUCCCGAAAUGUGUUGCCAGCGGACAAAUAGACAUCGUUUAUACCGGCACCCCUAAUAUCGCAACAAGUUACGUAGACGAAGUUUACUCUCGAAUGAAGUGUUUCUAGAAUUAACUAGCCACCUCCCAUCUAUUAUGUAUGCGGG